GGUAACAAAGCACAACUUGGAUACGACAAUCAUGUCAAGAUUCAAUCUUUAUUCGUCCGAUUCCACUCCGUCACAGACACUUCCUGCACUCGCUAUUCAACGCAGGAUUCCCUUGUCUCUCCAUAUCUCUCGCGAUAUGCCUGGUAAUUGAAGAGUCCAGACUCAACGGUCACCAUGUCUACCGACAACCUCAAUUCGGCGGGAGACGAAGAGUCACUCACCACUCCCUUAAUUUUACAGAGAUCCGUCAUCAACUCCUCUUCACAAGUCGCCAUCGUCGGCGCGAAUGUUUGCCCUAUCGAGAGUCUUGAUUACGAGAUUGCAGAGAAUGACUUCUUCAAGCAGGACUGGAGGACUCGCGGAAGGUCCCAGAUAUUUCAGUAUCAGUUCAUGAAGUGGUCGCUCUGCUUUUUGGUUGGCUCGAUUGUUAGUCUUAUCGGAUUCUUCAACAAUCUGGCGGUCGAAAAUAUUGCCGGCAUGAAGUUUGUUGUCACCUCCAACAUGAUGCUCGCUAGGAGGUAUGGAAUGGCCUUCACAGUGUUUUCAGUCUCUAAUUUGGUUCUCACUCUGUUCGCAUCCAUAAUCACUGCUUUUGUUGCGCCUGCUGCUGCUGGUUCCGGAAUACCAGAAGUGAAAGCUUACUUGAAUGGGGUUGAUGCGCCUGGAAUAUUUUCAUUGCGAACUUUGUUUGUUAAGAUCGUAGGAAGCAUUUCUGCUGUUUCAUCAUCCCUUCUUGUUGGGAAGGCAGGGCCAAUGGUGCACACUGGUGCUUGUAUUGCUUCAUUACUAGGCCAGGGUGGAUCUAAGAAAUAUGGUUUAACAUGGAGAUGGCUACACUAUUUCAAAAAUGACCGAGACAGGCGAGAUCUUGUUACAAUAGGAUCAGCUGCAGGUAUUGCUGCAGCAUUCCGUGCUCCAGUUGGUGGCGUUCUGUUUGCUCUUGAAGAAUUGUCAUCUUGGUGGAGAAGUGCCCUUCUGUGGAGAGCUUUCUUUACAACAGCUGUAGUUGCAAUUGUGCUGAGGGCAUUCAUUGAUCUUUGUUGGCGCGGCAAAUGUGGGCUGUUUGGCACAGGAGGGUUGAUAAUGUUUGAUGUUUAUUCAGCAAGUAUGUCAUAUCAUCUUGUGGAUGUGCCCCCGGUGCUUCUUCUGGGAGUUAUAGGGGGUAUAUUGGGAAGUCUUUAUAAUUUUCUUUUGGAAAAGGUUCUCCGGAUUUACAAUCUUAUUAAUGAGAAAGGCAUUGCUCACAAAAUUCUUAUUGCCUGCUCAAUUUCAAUCUUCACAUCCUGUCUCCUUUUUGGAUUACCAUGGGUUGCAUCUUGCACUCCUUGCCCAUCUGGUUCCGCAGAAGCCUGCCCAACUAUAGGCCGGUCUGGUAACUACAAGAAAUUCCAAUGCCCUCCUGGUCACUAUAAUGAUCUUGCAAGUCUUAUUUUUAAUACGAAUGAUGAUGCAGUCAGAAAUCUUUUCAGCAAGGACACUGAUGAAGAAUUUAGAUACUCUUCGGUCUUCAUAUUCUUUGUGACCUGCUUUUUCCUCAGUAUCUUUAGCUAUGGUAUUGUUGCUCCCGUGGGUCUCUUCGUGCCUGUUAUUGUGACAGGUGCAUCUUAUGGACGUUUUGUUGGAAUGUUAAUUGGAUCACAUUCAAAUCUUAACCAUGGACUCUAUGCGGUGCUGGGUGCUGCUUCAUUUCUCGGUGGUUCUAUGAGAAUGACGGUGUCUUUGUGCGUUGUUAUUCUGGAAUUAACCAAUAAUCUACUGUUACUUCCAUUGAUAAUGCUGGUUCUGCUUAUUUCCAAAACUGUUGCUGAUGCAUUUAACGGCAAUAUAUAUGACCUUAUUAUGAAAGCAAAAGGUUUCCCUUACCUGGAAACCCACGCAGAGCCUUACAUGAGGCAGUUGACAGUUGGUGAUGUUGUUACAGGUCCACUUCAGUAUUUUCAUGGUAUUGAGAAAGUUGAAAAUAUAGUGCAUGUCCUCAAAACUACAGGGCAUAAUGGGUUCCCUGUGAUAGAUGAGCCUCCACUUUCCGAAUCACCGGUUCUCUAUGGUUUAAUCCUCCGUGCCCAUCUUAUUACUUUGUUAAAGAAGAAAUCUUUCUUGUCAACUCCGGUGUCAGCUGCUGGUGAUGCAUUAAGACGAUUUUCAGCAGGUGAUUUUGCAAAGAGAGGCUCAAGCAAUGGAGACAAGAUAGAAGAUCUAGAAUUUACUGGCGAGGAGAUGGAGAUGUUCUUAGAUUUGCAUCCAUUUACUAAUGCAUCCCCUUAUACAGUUGUGGAGACAAUGUCAUUAGCUAAGGCUCUAAUUCUAUUUCGAGAAGUUGGUUUGAGGCACCUGCUGGUGAUACCCAAGAUAUCCAGGGGCUCACCUGUGGUGGGAAUAUUAACGAGGCACGAUUUCAUGCCGGAACAUAUACUGGGUCUACAUCCUUUGCUGAUACGAAGCAGGUGGAAAAGGCUAAGAAUCCGGUUUCCUGGUUUGUUCAAACCAUUUUAGAGAAUCAUGAAAGGAUCAGGUAUUUAUUUAUACCCUACAGCUACAAGGUGGAAAAGGUUGAGAAACCUUUUGAGUAUUGAACCUCAAAAUAAGUUUGUACAUAGUUUUAUACUUCUAUUUAUAAUGUACAAGGUUAUGGAAUCUCAUGUAUCAUUUUUCCCACUCCAUAGAGCUAAACAUGACCCAAAGAGGUGAUAAUGGUAUUUAAUCAGUAUCUGUUCAUCAUGAA